GAUGCCGCCCAAGGCGCCUGGGAGAGGACGACGCAGAGGUGCCAGCGGUGCGCUCAGGCGAGCGCCGCCGCGGCGGAUGCGCGGGCCGCCCCGGGGCUCCGCCUCGCCGGCCUCGACGUGCCCGGCGCGGAGCUGGCGCGGCUGGGCGCGAGGGCCGCCCUGCUGGUCCGGAGCCCGCCUGCCGGCGCGGCCGAGGGCGGCGAGGCCGAGUUCUACCUCCGCGCGCAGGUGCACGCGCCCGUUCGGCUGGAGGAGGGCCACUCCGUGGUCCUCGACAGCCUGGCGGCGCCAGAGGCGGGCCUGGCCCCCGAG